CUAGGUUUUAUUGUUACUCUUUUUCUCUUGCGCCGAUCCUCCCAUCGCUCCAGCCGUUCUCUUUCUCUUUUCCGCCGCCUUUUCCCGGCGACCUCUUCUCUCGCGAUUGUUGCACGUCGUCGCUCCAACCGUCCUCGACAUCUUCUGCGGCAACUUAGACCGGCGUCCCUCGGUCGAGCAAUAGCAGCAACCCAACCGUCGAGUUAAGUCGGGACACAGCAGCUUCAGCCAUCGAGCAGUCCUCAGCUUCUUCGGGCAAAUCGACAACAACAACGUGGUCCGACGUUCCGAGGUCGGCAGAGCUCCACUGUCGGAUCGCUGCUCCACGUUACUCCUGGACGCAACACUGUGGUUUUCAUACUGCAACCUCCCCAUCAACUUACUCUGGUCACUGCACGAGCAUUUACGCUGAGGUUUCACCAACAAUUGAAGAGCUCAUAGAUAGAAUAAAAAUGUGGAAUCUUUCCCGAAUAACAUUCAACAAUCUGAAGCAAUCUAGGAGACUUUCCUAUGCAAUUCCCUCAACCGUUUUCUCUCUGCAGAAUGGCUCUUCCUUUAUGCGAAGGUUUUGCUCCCUUGACUCUCACGAGAGUGGAGGUUUAAUUCCACCUGAGCUGUUAAGAAACAAGACUGUUCUUAGGCCAGAUUCUGAUAUAGGGAAAUAUGCUGAUCUAGUAACAAGAGUGACAAACUUCCAUUGCGAGGACAAAGGUUUGAUGGUCUUGGCUGGUGAUGUUUUUGAUGUCCCUAUUAGGAAGGAUAUUGUCCAACGUGUUGUGAGAUGGCAGCUUGCUAAGAGGCAGCAGGGUACACAUUCAACAAAAACUAUUAGUGAAGUAAGUGGGACUGGUAGAAAAGCAUACCCGCAAAAAGGAACUGGAAGGGCAAGACAUGGUUCUUUGCGUGCCCCUCAGUUUAGGCAUGGUGCCACCAUGCAUGGACCUAAACCACGAAGUCAUGCUUUCAAGCUGCAAAAGAAGGUUCGGCGAUUGGGAUUAAAAAUUGCUCUAUCUGCUCGAACAGCUGAAAGCAAGCUUAUUGUUUUUGAGGAUCUGGAAGUCCCAAGCCACAAGACGAAGAACAUUGUGAACUAUCUUGCCCAACUGGAAAACACAAGGAAAGUUUUAUUGGUUGAUGGUGGCCCCAUAGAUGACAAACUUAAGUUGGCAACGAGAAAUCUGCAAUAUGUCAAUGUAUUACCUUCCAUUGGCUUGAAUGUCUACAGUAUCUUAUUGCAUGACACACUCGUGAUGACUCGAGAUGCCGUAAGUCGCAUUGUUGAGCGGAUGCACACUCCCAUUAAUCGCUGAUGCAGUUGUAUCUGAAAUGAACAUUCAUCUGCUCAAGAUCGAUUCACAUCAAAUGUUUAUUUGAUGCUCUGACUAAUCAGUUGUCAAAUCAAACAAAGAUUCAUGUUGGAUAACUUUUUUGUUUUCUCCAUUAGGAGUAGCUAAUAAAGGCAGAGACUAUUUUAGUUGUAUGUUUUGUAUUAAAAGAUUGGACCACCUGAUUGUCUCCUGUUUAAAGUCUAUCAUGCACAAAAGAUUACACU